AUGCCUCAUUAUCUGGUUCGUACCCCCGAGUCCAACAACGAAGGCAAUACGCCGACGGAAGUUCUGAACGAGAUUGAGUCUCACGGUGGCUCUUUUGUGAGAGAGGAGCGGUUCCUCAAGGCAUAUGUACUUACAGGCUACUCUGGCAGGUAUGAUAUCCCAGAGGAGGAUCUGGAUUUGAAUAAGUUCCGGACGAAGAAUUACAUGUUCUCGUUGGAGAGGCAGGAUUAA